AUGUUCCUUUCCAAGAUAUCGUCCACUGUGCGAAGAGACCAAGAACACGCAGUAGAAGAUGUCUUAACUGAUCACGUGACUCUUGACCACGCGACUCUUGAUCACGUGAAUUUUAAUCAUGUGACACUUGAUCACGUGGUGAAUUUGUUUACACAAAUGAUUCGUUUAACUGGAAAAUUGAACGUUGGAUACGAAUCAAAAAUUUCUGAAUCAAUAAAAGUUGUGGAAAAAUUGUUCAGAGGAGAGAUAGAUGUUGGCAGGGAGAGAGGUGAGAUGUUGAAGCUGCUGAUGGAGAGGAUCACCAUUGAAGAUCUCAUCCACUUCCUCCUCCUACCUCACUGGCGUGUUUUGGACGAGAGUUUGAAGGAACUCCUGGAGACCACACCACUUGAGACGCCUGGCCACAAGGAACUCCAUGACGCCAUCGUCAAUUUGAACUGUUCAUACAAUACUCCUUGA